AUGGCAGAACUACAAAAGCAAACAGUAGCUACAACAACGACAACAUUGGAAAAACCUGUUGUUACUUCAAAAUCUGAGCAACCAAUGAUAGUGAGCCAACAUUCUUUAUUACAAGCUGUGAAUUAUCUUCGUUCUGAACUUGAAAAAGUACAAAGCGAAAAUAACAACUUGACUAAAGAGCGUAUUUCUUUAAUAGAACAACUCGAACUAGAAAAAAAUAAGUACAGCAAUAGUUCUAGAAAUAGUAUAGAAACAACGGAAACUGCGUUACAAUUGAAAAUAGAGAAAAUAGAAAAGGACAAAGAAGAAUUUAUCGCAUGUAUAGAACAAGAGAAACAAGUUUUAAAAGCACAACUUGAUUUAACUCAAGAAGAGAAACAACAAUUAGAAAUACAGCAUCAAAGUUUAAUUGCAAAAUUGGCAAAUUUUAAAACAUCAAUAGCCGAUAAAUUGAAAACAGAUUUGGAAGAUUUAAAUCAAAAAAAACAGCAAAUAGAAUCAUUAAAUUUGCAAAAUCAAGAACUUGUUACUCGAGUUUCAGAAUUACAAUCGGAUCUUUCAAUAUCUCGUACCGAACAUUAUAACACAACUCAACAAUUACAUACCAUAGAAGCACAAUUAUAUGAGAUACAACGUCAAACGUCACAAGAAAUUUCUGAAAAAGAUAAAACGAUUCGAGAAUUACAAAUUAAUUUAGAUCGUUCAGAAAGGGAAAGGGUAGAUGGGGAAGUAACAAUGAUGGAAUUAAAAAGUGCCAAAGAUGAAUUCCUUUCUCGUAUAAAACAUUUGGAAAGAGAAAUGGAAGUUUCGAAACAAGAGAAAGAAACUUUAAAAGCGGAAAAAGAUAAUGAAUCGGAAAGUUUGAAUAAUUUACAAAAUGUUUUGGAAGAAUUUGAAGCAGAAGCUGUUGAGGGAAUACAACGUCGUCUUUCAACAACUUCUAAAGAAUUAUCAGAAUUUAAAGAGCGUGCAUUGUUAGCAGAGGAACAAUUAACACAAACAAAGGAAGAGGCUAGUCGGACAUCAUUAUAUGAAAAAGAAAUCAAAGAAAAGAAUUUAUUAAUUGGAAAACUGCGACAUGAAGCUGUAAUAUUGAACGAACAUCUCACCGAAGCUCUUCGUCGUAUGAGAGAAGAAAGUAGCGAAAAUAAUGUUGACAAACGUCUCAUAACCAAUUUAUUGAUAGCAUUUUUCAAUACACCGCGAGGAGAUAGUAAACGAUAUGAAAUAUUACAAUUAAUGGCUAACAUGUUACAAUGGACAGAUGAACAAAAAGAAUUAGUAGGAUUAAUAAGGAAGGCAUUUAGACCUAUAGAUAAUAAUAACAAUAGUAAUGUCAAUGCGAGAUGGGCUUCAGGAUUAUGGACACCGACUAUAGAAAGACCAAGAAGUAGAUUAUCUGAAGAUGCACCUCGAUCAACUAUUAGAUUAUCUGAAGAUGAUGAACCAAACGAGUCAUUUUCGGAUAUGUGGAUAUCAUUUUUACUUAAAGAAGCAAGUAAAGAAAAUCUUAUUGAACAAAAAAUUGACACUAAUACAAUUUCAACCCAAAUUGAUUCUACAGAUAUAUCGAUAACUGAAACUGUUUUAGUGCAGAAAGAUGUUGUUGAAGGUAACACCAACCAGUCAAGUACGGCAGAAGAAAAACCAACAAGAGAUAUUUUCACUUCAAAUAAUUCAAAAAAUAAUUCUUAUUAUAAUAAUAAACCUACAAUGUUUUCUAAACCUGAAAAUCAAAUAGCUUCAGAUUCUCAAUCUCAAGCUUUUUAUUCAGAAACAACAACAGAUAUUGACCCCAAACAUUUAGUAGAAAUUUCUGAAGACGGGAUUCCAGGUUUACCCGUUGAACCUUUAUCAUCAAAUACUAGUAAUUCAAAUAUUAUAUUAUUACCUAAACAAAUUAUUCGAAUAGAAAGAGAUUAUUGUAAAGGAGAAUUAUGUCAAUUUCAAGAUUCUUUCCCUGUGGAGAUUGAUGGACGGGUAAAUCCAAGACGAUUUCAACGAACAAUAAAUACAUUAAAUCAAAAAUUGGAAAAGGCAUUUGACCCAAAAUAUAAUUGCCUAGAUAAUUUUCUCGCUUGUGUAACAAUAUAUACAUCAACGUUAUGCAUUCGGCCACACUUUGAGAAGAUGAUUGAAGACAUAUGUAUAUUUUUAGAUAAUGAGAAUCAGACCAUAUAUAAUCCGAAUGGACUUAAUUUUCGAAAUCCACAAAGAACUUCGUUUUUAUUUCUCGAACUUGAAUUUUAUUAG